AUGUCAUCGCGAGAAGCGUUAUGCUCUGGAUGGUUCCUCGGUGGAAUCGACCCUGAGUACGUCUUGACUUCACUUCCGGAAAUUCACUCACUGGACGACCUGCCUGGACAUUGGGACUGGCGCGACUACAACGGCACUGGUUUCAGUCUCACAACCAGCGUGUUGAACCAAAUGGUGCCUCGAGCUUGUGGGUCUUGCUGGGCCUUCGCCACGGUGAGUGCGCUGUCCGACCGGAUUCGGAUCUCCAAGUUCAAAAAGACCGGCAGACUCGACGCGGAAGUUUUGCUGUCGCCUCAAGUGCUGCUUGACUGUGGUAUGCGCACGUUUGGCUCGUGUCGCGGUGGAGACCCUCGAUACGCGCACAAGUGGAUCCAUGAAAACGGUAUUGUGGACUCAACCUGCAGCUCGUAUGUCGCGUCGCAUCCUUCCUGGAUAGGAGGCAAUGACUGCGCUGCAGCGCAGUGCCAUACGUGCACCAUGAACGGAGAUUGCUUUGUGGUGGAAGACCCGGUCAAGUACUACAUAUCGGAGUACGGAACGCUGAAUUUCACCACGUCGGAGGAGUUCCAGCUGCAGGCCAUGAACGAGAUCUACCAUCGCGGCCCGAUCGUCGUGAGCAUGUACUCGUUGACUCCAGAGUUCAAGCAGUACAAGGGCGGCUACAUUCUGCGUGACUCCACGAAGUAUCCGGGAACUACACACGUCGUGAGCCUCGUGGGCUGGGGCACGGAUACCGGCACUGGAACCAAGUACUGGAUCGUACGCAAUUCGAUCGGCACGCACUGGGGCGACCACGGAUAUUUCCUCGUCGAGCGGGGCACCAACACCUACAACAUCGAAAACAAAGGAGCUUGGGCGGUCCCCAUCGUUUAG